AACGAUUUCGAUUUGAUUGAAUUUUUACACGAAUUUCCGUGGCGGCACUUGCACUUGCACAAACGACGUGAAAUGUCCUCAAGAAGUCCGCCGUCGGCGGAAGGUAUCGGGAAAACGGCGGUGUCGAGCGCUCCUCGCAGCCACACACGUGCUCUCCUGUGGAAGAACUAUCUCCUCAAGAAGAAGCAUCCGAUCAAAUGGGCGUUUGAAGUCCUGUUGCCCGUCGCGUUCAUCGUCCUCUUGGCAGGUCUCAAGACUCUCACCGACAACGUCCGCAUUCCUGCAGGGUGGUCGGAAGCUCCCGCGACGUCUUUGUUUUCCACUGGGCCGACGGAAGGGAAUACGUUCAACCUGUUCGCGAAACCCACGCCGUCGCUGUCGGAUCUGCUCACAUCGUCGUCCUCAACCUUCCGCACCCCCAAGUACUUUCUCACGGAAACCACUAUGUCUGGUAUCUUGGUGAAUCUCGCGGCCACGUCCUUUGCCGACGGCAUCCGCAUGAACGAACUGACGUCGGCCGAUCGCCGCGCGUGCCAGACCAGAGUCGUGUUUCAAGGCGCCGUCAACGUCGACCCGACGUCACCGAACGCACUUCCCCGAGAAUGCCGCGGCAAGGUCGUACCUUACAAGCUCGCCAUUAUCCCGGACAAUGCCUUCACGCGAUCUUACUUUGCAGCGACACUGAGUCAAUGGUACCCUCGCGUAGACGUCGGGCGCAGCGGCGGGUUGAACGUGACAAUCCCUGGGUUUAACGACUCGGUGAUCUUUUUCAACUCGACCGACGCCUUGGACGCGUACGUCACAGGAAACACGUACGGAAAGGACUCGUCGAAUCCCAAGAUCUUCGCCGGGUUGGUCUUCAAUGAGCACCCCACGACCCUGGGCGUCGCGGGCUCGAUCGACUAUACCCUUCGGUUCAACUCGACCGCGGGACGACAAGGCAGCAUGGGCGACGUCCCCAAGACCAGCCGCAUUCUGUACGACCCGUACCAGCGCUCCAUUACCACGUCCAUUUACUCUCGAUAUACGCAACGAGGAUUCAUGACGCUGCAGACAGCAGUCGCGCGGUUUGCCACGUGUGUACCCGUGUGGAAUGGCACGACCACCUCGGGCGAGUGCACGCAAACCAACAGCCGCGUCAAGGACGGAUCGCUGGACAGUCGGUUCCUGGUCCAAGUCCAGAACGACCUGUACUUGAACAAACUCGUCGACUCUGCCAACGCGUUCGUCAGAGUCACCAACAACAACAACUCCACCAUCUCGUCUUUGGCGUUGUCGUGGGCCCGGAUGGACGACGCGGCCCUGGAACUGCUGGCGCUACCACUUCGACAGGCCCCGCAGCCAGUCCUCGGCAGCGCCGUCUUCCCCCUGCCCAUCCAAGCGUACACGUCGUCGCCGUUCUACACGCUUGUGGACCGGUACUUUGCGCUCGUGUUUGUCAUCUCGUACUUGUACGCCAUCUCGUCUGUGCUUGUGGCGCUCAUCCACGAGAAGGAGACCAAGUCCCGCGAACUGCUCAAGAUCAUGGGCGUCUCCGAACGUGCGAUCGUGCUGUCGUGGUACGCCACGUACGGCGGGGUGUUCUUGGCGGCGGCAGUGUUGCAGGCGGCGGCCGGGAGCGUCAACCUCUUCCCCAACACGAACGUGCUCCUGUCGUUCGUGUUCUUCUUUGUGUUUGGGCUGGCCGUGCUCAGCUACGGGUUUAUGGUGAGCGCGCUCUUCUCGAAGGCCCGCACAGGCGCGUACGUUGGCAUCAUCGGCUUCUUCGGCAUGUACCUCGUCUCAGCCGCGUUCACCCCCGACACGGACGAACGGGUCAAGACAUGGAGCUGCCUCUUGGCCCCCGUCGCGCUGAGCUUUGGCACGUCGGCGCUCGCGAGUGCCGAGACCAACUCGCUCGGCCUAUCGUUUGCAAAUGCCAGCGAUCCAUUCAACAACUUUCGAUUUGCCACGUCGUUAUGGAUGCUCGCGGUGGACGUGGUGUUGUACACGCUCUUGGGCAUGUACUUUGAGCUGGUGGUCCCGAAAGAGUAUGGGGUGCCGCUGCCGUGGCACUUUCCGUGCACGUUCUGGAUGAAGUCGCGCCAGGCGCCGCCAUCGACUUAUGCGUUGGCCGAUACGCAUGACAACGACAAGGACGUUCCCAUGGAAGACAUGGGCUUGGACAUGCGGCUACAAGAAACGUCGGGCGACGCCCUUUCCAUUCAAAACUUGCGCAAAGUGUUUGCCGUGCCUGGUGGAGUAAAGGUCGCGGUGAAAGGUAUCAACUUAACCAUGUACAAGAACCAGAUCACGUGCUUAUUGGGGCACAACGGCGCCGGCAAGACAACGCUGAUCUCCAUGCUGACGGGUAUGAUUCCAGCGACGAGCGGCGACGCCACCGUCCACGGUCUGUCGCUGCGACGGGACCUGCCAACCAUCCGCCGUUCGCUGGGCAUGUGUCCGCAGCACGAUGUUCUGUACGGCGAACUCACGGUACACGAACACUUGUCGUUCUACGGUCAGGUCAAGGGGUACCGAGGCGCCGACCUCGACGCUCAAGUAGACGCCAAAAUCGUCGAAGUGGGGCUGACGGAGAAGCGUCAGGUCAAGGCCAGCGACUUGUCGGGGGGGAUGAAGCGCAAGUUGAGUCUAGCGAUUGCGUUGCUGGGCGACAGUCAGGUGGUAUUUCUGGACGAGCCGACGUCUGGCAUGGACCCGUACAGCCGUCGCAGCAGUUGGGAAAUCAUCCUCAACAACCGAUACAACCGCAUCAUCGUGUUGACCACGCACUUUAUGGACGAAGCCGACAUCUUGGGCGACCGCAUUGCUAUCAUGGCGGAAGGGGAGCUGCGAUGCUGUGGGUCGUCCUUGUUCCUCAAGAAUAGGUAUGGCGCCGGCUACAACUUUUCGCUCGUCAAGACGGACGACUGCGACACGGAUGCGCUGAUGGCGUUCGUGCGAUCCCACGUCGACACUGCCAAAGUGCUCAGCAACGUGGGCACAGAAGUGUCGUUUCAGCUCCCAUUAGACUGCUCGCACUUGUUUGCGCCUAUGUUUGUCGAGCUGGAUGCCAACUUGGCUCAUUUGGGUGUGCUCUCGUACGGCAUUUCUGUGACAACGUUGGAAGAAGUGUUCAUCAAGGUGGCCGAGCUGGGCGACGUGGGCCAGCAGCACACUCUGCAACCUCGGAAUGACCACGUGGCAGCAGUCAAGCCCGAACCGUUUGCGCUGCAGACGCCCCGGUUCGCAGAUCACUUUCGCGCGCUGUUUCUAAAGCGGUUCCGCACCGCCAGACGGGACAAGCGCAUGGUGCUGUUCGGGGCGCUUCUGCCGGUUGUGUUUUUGACGCUGGGGGUGCUCCUGCUCAACUACAGCUCCCUGACCAAGAACGACAUGGCGAUGGCGGUCAACACGGACGGAUAUCCCCAACAACGAGGCGCGACGCCGUACUUUUGCGCGGGGGGCCGCUGCAGCGACAUCUUUGCCAACAUUGCCAAUGGAAAGCGACUGGACAUUGCCCUGCCAGUCUAUACAUCGUCGACGCCGACCGUGUUCAACGUCACGUACACCAACCCGAGCAUCAACGAGACCGACACGACGGGUUUCUGCCUGCGAGCGGCCGAAGAAGCGUUCCGCGAAGCCUACAACAGCAACAACAACCUCGUCCAGUUUGGCGGGUUUGUGGCCCAAUCUGAUCCCGCGGUCAACGUGUUUGGGUACAACGUCAUGGUCAAUACGACCGCCACGCACUCGGCCAUUGUGUACAAAGCCAUGCUAGACCACGCGUUGGUGCAGUCGUUGUCGUCGUCAUCGUCGGCAUCAUCAUCUAGCCCCGUGUUUUUAAGAGUCACGAGCCACCCGCUGCCGCUCACGUCGGCGUCCAAGCUGCUCUUUACGACGUUUCUGUCGUUCAUUGCGACCAUUUUCAUCGCGAUUGCGUUUGCAUUCUUCACAGCGUCAAUCGUGCCGUACCUCGUCCACGAGAAGCACCCGACGCACAACUCCAAGCACCAACAGUUGGUCAGUGGCGUGAGUUUGCCGGCGUUCUGGCUCGCCACGUACGCGUGGGACCUGCUGUUUUACGCGAUUCCGGGCGGCUUUGGCCUGGGGGUGAUCUACUUGUUUGAGAUUACUCCGUUCACGGGCAAAGACUGCGCCACGUGCACGUCGCAGCCGUUUGCGGCCGUGGCGGUCGUAUUUGUACUGUUUGGGUUUGCGCUCUGCUCGUUCUGCUACUGCCUGUCGUAUUUGUUUGUCGACAGCGCGUCGUCGCAGACGUACGUGAUCAUGGUCAACAUAUUUUUGGGCGUGGUGUUGAUGACAAUAUCGCAAGUGCUCGACGUGGUGGCCAGCACGACCGAGAUCAACAAGUCGCUCAAGUUUAUCUGGCGGCUGUCGCCGCUGUUCAAUCUGGGCAAUGCGCUCAACAACUUGAGUGUCCAGAGUCUCCUCAACAGUUUGUUCUCGUCGACCAGCACCAAGAGCUCGUUCGACCUGGAUGUGACGGGGUGGGAGAUUGCAUUCUUGGCGGGGGAAGCCGUCGUGUUUCCCCUUGUCGCAAUUGGCAUUGACUACGCCCUGAGCUUCCCCAAGAUCAAGGCCAUGAUCGCAAAGGACCCCGUGGUGAUGUCCGCCCCCAUGACCAUCGACGACGACGUGGCGGCAGAAGGGCGCCGCGUGGCUGGCGGAGACGUGGAUGACUACGCAGUGGUCAUGCAGCACCUGCGCAAGGUGUACAAGGGCGGAAAGGUGGGUCUGAACGACCUGACGCUGGCUCUGCCCAAAGGCGAGUGCUUUGGCUACCUCGGGAUCAACGGCGCCGGCAAGACGUCCACGAUGAAGAUCCUCACGGGGGACGUGCUGCCGACGUCUGGCUCGGCAACCCUCGGGGGGUUUGACAUCAUGUCGCAGCAGAUCGAAGUGCGUCGGCUGAUCGGGUACUGCCCACAGUUUGACGCACUGAUCGACCUGCUGACCGUUCGUGAACACUUGGAACUGUUUGCGUCCAUCAAGGGCGUGCCAUCCAAACGCAUCUGCGACACGGUCAAGGACAAAAUGGACCAGAUGAACUUGAACGACUUUGAGCACAAGUUGGCCGGGACGUUGAGCGGCGGCAACAAGCGCAAGCUGUCGGUGGCGAUCGCUCUGAUUGGGUCGCCCCCGAUCAUCUUCUUGGACGAACCAUCCACGGGCAUGGACCCCGUGUCCCGUCGGUUCAUGUGGGAUGUCAUUGCCGACAUUUCCACGCGCAGCAAAGAGUCGACGAUUCUGCUGACCACGCACAGCAUGGAGGAGUGCGAGGCGCUGUGCAGCCGCGUGGGUAUCAUGGUGGGCGGGUCGUUGAGCUGCCUUGGCAGCAUCCAGCACCUGAAGAACCGCUUUGGCGACGGAAUGAUGAUGCAUGUCUGGGUGGCCCCCGUGCUGUCUGCCGACGUGGACCACAUGAUCAGCACGUCGCCUUCGCUGGAAGGAGUGGCCACGUUGACCAAGGACCAGCUGGUGGACGUGUGUGCGUCGUUGGCCAAACCCCACCGCGCCGACCAGAUCAGCAUGGAGCAUGCGACGGGGUAUGUGCUGGCGGAAUCGCUCGGCCGCAACGACUACGUCCGCGUGCGGGACUUUUGCGCGUGGUGGCUCAGUGAAGACCGCUUUGAAAAGAUGGCGGCGUACCUGGGCCAGAGCUUUGGGGAGCCGAAUGUGCUGCUAUUGGAGCGCCAGAACGACCUGUCGCGGUUCAAGUUGGUCGGUGCCAAGCACACGCUGGCGCUGUCCAACGUGUUUUCGCUCAUCGAAUCGACCAAAACCGACUUGCACGUCAAGGAGUACACCGUGUCGCAGACCACCCUCGAGCAAAUCUUCAACAACUUUGCGUCCCAGCAAACCCAAGAAAUGGGCGUCGCGCGGGGCGUGGAAAAGGCAGCAGCGGGCGACCACUACCAAGCCAUGCCGUAGCAACUGUCUGGUCUGAUGGCCAUGUUUGCUUAAAUGCAAAGAAGUGCCAUUUUGAGAAUUGAACGUGGCAGAUUGCACGGUAAAGGUGAUUUGACACGUGGUUGAUUUAAGAGGCGGGCUGCCACCGGUAGUUAUACUGACCAUGCAUUCCCGCGUUAAACGUCGAUUACGAUCUUAUUUCUCUG